AUGCGAGGCGUAGCCGCAGACAUCAGAUCUCUCCCCUCUAUCGGAACUCUCCUGACAGGCUUCACGAAUCAUUUCCCGGGCAAGAAACUCAACAUACUCAUCUUCAACGCAUCAUUCAACACUCGCCCUAGAAUAGGCAGCGCAAGCGAAGCAGACAUCAGCCACUCACUAACAGGAAACCUACACUGGCCCAUUGUUGUCAUGGAAAAUCUGGUUCGUCAAGAACUCUUCGCCCCACACAGCCGAGUCGUUUUCAUCUCUUCAGAUCGCGUGCGAGACCCUUCCCCUGGAUCUGGGUUAUUCAACGCUACGCGUGCCGCUAUGGAGGCGCUCGUGCGUUCUUGGGCUAUCGAGUUGCCACACAGUUUUCCAGGAACAACCGUGAACGCAGUGUCGGUAGGGUUGACGGAUACACCCGGUCUCCGAUCAUAUCCCCCUGAAGCUGUGCAGGCGUUGAAGGAGCAGAGGCUACCAAAGGUCAAGGUUGUUGAGGGAGGGAGAUUGGGACAGGCGGAGGAUAUAGCGGAUGUGGUGGGGUUUCUGGUCAGUGAUAAGAGUAGGUGGGUUAGUGGGAGUGUAGUCGCAGCCAAUGGAGGGGCUGAGUGGAUUGGUGGGAGUGCGUAG